ACCCUGACGCAAGCCGACCCAGAAGCCGAUGAUUUGUCGCCCGGGCGUGGGAGCUUUUCCCAUGGCAUGAAGGUUGGGCAGGCGGCGAGCCUGCAGGGCCUGCAGAGCCACCAGGAUCUGAAUGGCCAGAGGGUGACGCUGCAGCGCUGGUCUGACGCCAAGCAGCGCUGGACUGUGACCCUGGACAACGGCGGGGAGGUGAAUGUGCGCCCGGAGAACCUUACGCAGGGGAAAGGCGAGACGCAGAGGCAGGAGGCAGCCGCCGCGCCGUGCUCGCCGUCGCCGAAAAGAAGAGGCGCGCGAGCGGGAGUUCGCGGGGGCGCCCCCAUCAUUGUGGAGGACACGACUCCGAAGAAAGUUGAGCCUGAGCCCUCGCUAAGUCCGAAGCGCUCACGAAUCCGCCAGAAAAGCAGCGAGCCACCUGAAAUGUCUCCGCAAGGAUCGCCCAGUCCGAAGCGCUCGCGCAUUACUGCGAAGGCGAGCGAGAAAACCGUGGAGCAGAUCUACCAGAAGAAGUCGCAGCUGGAGCACAUCUUGCUGCGCCCGGACAGCUACGUGGGCUCAGUGGAGCGCCAGCACCAAGAGCUCUGGAGCCUCGUUGAUUCUGAUCGACGCAUGGAGCGCCGGGCCCUGUCCUUCGUCCCUGCGCUGUACAAAAUUUUCGAUGAGAUCUUAGUGAAUGCGGCGGAUAACCUGAUCCGUGACCCUUCCAUGGACUCCAUUUCCGUGGACAUCAAUGUGGAGAAGUCACAGGUCUCCGUCUGGAACAACGGCAGGGGCCUGCCCAUUGAGAUGCACAAGGAGCAUCGCUGCUAUGUGCCGGAGCUGGUCUUUGGGCACCUGCUCACCAGCGACAACUACGACGAUGCCGAGAAGAAGGUGGUGGGCGGCCGGAACGGCUACGGCGCCAAGCUGACCAACAUCUACUCCAAGCUUUUUGUAGUGGAGACUGUGGACUCCGGCCAGAAGAAGCGAUACAGGCAGAUCUGGCGGGAGAACAUGCGGAAGCGCGAGGAGCCAACCAUCUCCCAGUACGAGAGCCAGGACUACACUUCCGUGACCUUCGAGCCGGACUUCCCGCGCUUCGGCAUGCGGAGCCUGGAGCCGGACAUCGUGGCGCUGAUGCGGCGCCGCACCUUCGAUGUGGCCGCCACCUCGCGGGGCUGCAAGGUCUUUCUAGAUGGUCGCCGCUUAGAAGUUCAGUCCUUUGAGGACUACGUGGGCCUCUUUGUAGGCGACGCUUGGCGCCACGUGGAGCGAAGCGGAGAGCGCUGGGAGGUGGCGGUGGCACUCACGGAUGGCAGCGGCUUUCAGCAGGUGAGCUUUGUCAACAGCAUCUGCACUAGCCGCGGCGGGACUCACGUGAACUAUGUCGCUGACCAGAUCGUGGGACGUGUAAUGGAGGAAGUCGGGCGGCAGAAGGCGGGGAAUCUCUCGGUGAAACCUGCCCAUGUCCGGAGCUACCUUUGGGUUUUCGUGAACUGCUUGAUCGAGAACCCGGCCUUCGAUUCCCAGACGAAGGAGACGCUCACCACCAAGAAGGAGCGCUUCGGCUCCACCUGCGAGCUCUCAGAGGAGCUUCUGCAGGCGGUGCUGGGCAGCGGCCUCGUGGAGUCACUACAGGAGUGGUCCAAGGCCAUGGGCCAAAGCGAGCUGGCACGGCAUCUGAACAAGAGCGAGAUGGGCUCGCAGAAGCGGCUGUUCGGCGUGCCGAAGCUGGAGGACGCCAACCAGGCGGGCACCAAGAACUCCCAGGAUUGCACGCUGAUCAUCACGGAGGGCGACUCCGCCAAAGCCUUGGCGGUGGCAGGGCUCAGCGUGGUGGGCCGGGAUCACUACGGGGUCUUCCCCUUGCGCGGCAAGCUGCGGAAUGUGCGUGAGCUUUCCGUAAAGCAGAUGAUGGACAACAAGGAGAUCGAAUCCCUCAUGAAGAUCAUGGCCCUGGAUGCCUCUAAGAAGUACCAAGACACCAAAGGCUUGCGCUAUGGCUCCUUGAUGAUCAUGACUGACCAGGAUUUCGACGGGUCCCACAUCAAGGGCCUGGUCAUCAACUUCAUCCAGCACUGGUUCCCCGGGCUCCUGCGCUGCGACGGCUUCCUGCGGGAGUUCGUGACGCCCAUCGUGAAGGUCGCCAAGGGCUCCGAAGUGCGCACCUUCUUCACCGUCUCGGAGUAUGAGUCCUGGAAGCGUAUCAAUGGCGAUGGCAAGGGGUGGACGGCCAAGUACUACAAGGGCCUGGGCACGAGUACCUCGGCGGAGGCGCGGGAGUACUUUUCCGACCUCCAGCAGCACGAGUUGACCUUUCUGCCCUCCGACCAGGACGGAGAGCUCAUUGACAUGGCCUUCAACGCCAAAAGGGCGGAUGCGCGGAAGGAGUGGAUCUCCAACUGCACCGGAGAAGUGGUGGACCACUCCCAGCCGGUCCUCACCUUGGACGAUUUCGUGAACAAGGAGCUGGUGCUUUGGGCCAAGUACGACGUGGAGCGCGCCAUCCCCAGCAUGGUGGACGGCCUGAAGCCAGGUCAACGCAAAGUGCUCUACAGCGCCUUUCUGAAGAAGUUGAACCAGGAGAUCAAGGUAGCCCAGUUUUCCGGCUUCGUGGCGGAGAAGAGCGCGUACCACCACGGGGAGACCUCUCUCCAGGGCACCAUCAUUGGCAUGGCCCAGAACUUUGUCGGCAGCAACAACUUGAACCUCCUGCAGCCCUUGGGGCAGUUCGGCACCCGGGGCGCUGGCGGCAAGGACCACGCGGCGCCGCGUUACAUCUUCACGCGGCUCACCGCCGCGGCGCGGAAGGUCUUCUGCGCGGAGGACGACCCGGUGCUGGAGCCGCAGACGGAGGAAGGGCAGCCCAUCGAGCCCAAGUGGUACUGCCCCGUGCUCCCCAUGAUCCUGGUGAAUGGGGCGGAGGGCAUUGGCGUCGGUUGGAGCACCUCCGUGCCCAACUACAGCCCCAGGGAGCUGAUCGCCAACGUGCGUCGCCUGUUGCGAGGGGAGGAGCUGCAACCGCUGACGCCCUGGUACCGGGGCUACAAGGGAGCCAUCUCGCAGCUUUCGGAGGGCCGCUACGAGAGCCUUGGGGUGGCCGUCCGUCGUGGCAUGUGCCGGGUGGAGAUCACAGAGCUGCCAAUUCGGCGCUGGACCCAAGACUACAAGGAAUGGCUGCUGGAGCAGAUGCAAUCCGAGAACUCCAAGCGGGGCCUGCUCUCCGAGUUUCGGGAGUACCACACGGAGAACUCGGUGCUCUUUAGCCUCAGCAUGCUCCCGGAGAAGUUUGCGCUGGCGGAGCAGCGGGGCAUCGAGAAGACGCUGCGCCUCAAGUCUUCGAUCGCGUGCACCAACAUGUACCUUUUCGAUGCCAAAGGCAAGCUCAAGAAGUACGAGUCCCCCGAGGAGAUCCUCCGGGACUUUGCAGAAGUGCGCUUAGGAAUGUAUGAGAAGCGAAAGGCGCAUCGCAUGGGGCAGCUCAUGGCCGAAGCCGCGGUGCUCAGCGAGAAGGCCCGGUUCAUCCGCCUGAUCCUGGACGGCCAGCUGCAGGUCGAAGACCGGGCCAACGCGCAGGUUUGUGCAGACAUGCGCCAGCUCGGCCUGAGGACCAAGCAGGAGCUGGAGGCGGGGGAGGAUGAGGAGAUGCCGCGGAAGCGGCGGAAGCUCAAGGAGGAACGGGUGGACCUUGCUGGCUCUGAGGGCUACGCAUACCUUCUGAAGCUCAAGCUCUGGAGCCUCACAGAAGAGAAGGUGGCGAAGCUCAUGCAGCAGCUGGAGCUGCAGCGGCGGCAGCUGGACGAGCUGAAGGCCACCACUCUGCAGCAGCUGUGGGAGCGGGACCUGGUGAAGUUGGAGGAGGCGCUGGAUGCCGUGGAAGCCGAGGAGCCGAAAGAGCAAAGAGAGGCGCAAAAGAUGUCGAGAAAGGCUGGGCGCUUUGAGGACGACAACUCGGUGAACCGCCAGUGUGUGCUGGUGCUCAGCGACAACUUCUCGCACAUCAAGCGCAUCCGCACCGACCGCUGGAAAGGCGUCCGCAAGGGCGGCCGUGGCAAGACCAUUGCCCGCAAGAAAGAGUCUGAGAAGGUGGAGGAGGAGGAGGAGCCGGCGGCCAUCAGCGCGGCCUUCGCCUGCCGAGAGUUUGACGCGCUGCUGGCCUUCACCUGCCAGGGCAACGUCUUCAUGAUGCAGGCACUGGAUGUCCCGCUGAUGCAGCAGAACAAGAACGUGGCGGUGCCUUUGGCUCAGCUGGCGCCGAGUUUGCCGAAGGGCGACUCGGUGGCUGCGGUCAUCUCGGUUCCCCAGGCGCUGAAGGACUGCGACUCGGAGUUCGUGGUGGUGGUGACUCGCCAGGGCUUGGCCAAGCGAAUUGCGCUGGGCAGCUUCAAGCUGCGGUCCGGAAAGCUCAGCGCCGCGUGCCCCCUGGAAGGGAAGGAUGAGCUGCGGUGGGUGCAUCGCUGCACGGAGCGGGACUUAUUGCUGGUGGCCAGUGCGAAGGGCCAUGCCCUGUGCUUCCCUGUGCAGAAUCUCCGGCCCACGACCCUCAAGGCGAAAUGCCAGCCGGCCAUGAAGCUGAAAUCGAGCGACCAAGUGGGGGGCGCUGCCAUCUGCCGAGUGGACGUGGACCUGGGGUUCUCAGAGAAGAAGAAGCCCCAUAGACUCUCUGGCUACGCCUUGUGGAUGCAAGAAACUGGCUGCACCUUCAGAGAAGCUGGCAGAUGGAAGAAAGAGCUGCCGGCGGAAGAGAGGGAGAAAUGGCAGCAGAAGGCGGCUCUGGGGCGGGAUACGGAGCGGCGGUCAGCCAACGACAAGGACGACGACUCGGAGGAGGCGCCGGAGGGGCCCAUCGAGGCGCCCCAAAAGCCGCCGCCGGAGCCGGCAAAGCCUGCCGCGGUCGCAGUGAUGGAGGGUGCGGGGGCGGAGGUCGCGGAAGAGGACGACAGCAGUGAGGAGCAAUCCCCACGCUCCCCGAAGGCCUUGGAUUCGACCACCGAAAAGUUCCUGGCCGGGCAGAGCCUCCUCCUGGUGACCCGGGCGGGCUUCGGCAAGCGGGUCCCGCUCAGCGAGGUGAAGCUGCGCGCGCGGAACCGCAUGGGCCCGCAGGCCAUCAAGCUGGUGGGGGAGGACUCGGUUACCGCCGUCGGGGUGCUGGGUAGCGACGAGCUGCCCAAGCUGCCUCGCAAACCGCCAAAGCCUGCGGACCUUUUCCUGGAGCAGCGGCUCGCGGCAACCGCCGGCGCUGAAAAUGGAGACGCUGAAGCCGGCCAGGUCCAGUUCGAGGACCUCAGCGAGUCCGAGCAGGCGCCCUUCGUGCGGCAGAGCCAGGCGGAGGAGCUCGCCUAUGAGGAGGCGGCGCAGGCGCUGAAGGAAGCCACCAGCGAGCUCCGGGAGAAGCUCGGAGAGGUGCUGCUCUGCACCUCCAGCGGUUCGGUGCUGCGGAUCCAGGCGACCCAAGUGCCGCUGCAGAAGCGGCGCCACAUGGGCAGAUGCCUCAUGAAAGUGGAAGCCUCGGAUUCCUUGACCUCCGCCUCGCUCUUGUCUGCCGUGGACGAGGAGAAGGACGAAUGCGCGGCACAUUCGGAAGAAUGUGAUGGGGAAGAUCAGGAUGCAGAUACCUGAUCGGGGGUGCGCGGCUUGCGGCCGAACAAAAUGUGCUGUGGGG